CCUCGAACAUGACUUACGUCUCAAAUGAUCCCAGUUGGUGGCCGCAAAUCAAUCGGAAUCUUCUUUUGAGCUAUUUGGCAGAUGCUGUUGGCAUCGUGGUGGUAUAUGAUUGGGUCUUAACACUUGAACAAGAGAUUGAACUCACCUGGAGACAACGCUGGUAUCUCAUGACUGUGCUGUAUCUGAUUAUACGCUAUAUUGGAAUACCGUUUUCUGUGUAUGUGUCGAGAUCAACAACUCUGUACUGUGCUAAUAGCUCAUCUCUGACAAUUAGUGUCCAUCUUCUGCGUAUGUCUCAUAUGCGCUGUGUUUCAUUUUUCUGACCGGCGGGACACAGAAGUUAUGCCAUCGGUAUCGCUGACAGAUGCAGGGUGAGUGAGAUUCCAACCAUCGAACUUGGCGCAACAUAAUGACUCGACAGGUG